CCUGCGCGCCCCUCGGCGCCCAGCGGCGGAAGGUCGGGGGAGAAAGUGGAUUGCUGGAACCAAGUUGAGAAAAUAAGAGGGGCGCCCUUGGAAGGAAAGCUGCGGGCAGCACGCGGGGCCCCCGCCGCUUUCUCGACCCUGAUUCCGGGAAGGCUGGGCUGGGCUCAGGAGUCUCCCCUGCCUUCCCCGCUUUCAGCCUGCCAGGGCACUGGGCACCUAGGCUCUGGAGAUGUUAGCCGAGAGUACUCCCCAGGUUACAAGAGGCGCAGGACCGUGGAGGAUUUCAACAAAUUCUGCACCUUUGUCUUGGCCUAUGCCGGCUACAUCCCUUAUCCGAAGGAGGAGCUCCCUUUGAGGGGCAGCCCCAGCCCUGCCAACAGCACCGCUGGUACCAUUGACAGCGACAGCUGGGACACUGGUUUCACUGACAUCUCGUCCGCGGUGCCCUUGCCAGUCUCUGACCACUGCUUUGGCCACCUGCAGCCCACCCUUCUGCAGCGAGCCAAGCCCAGCAACUUCCUGCUGGACAGAAAGAAGACCGACAAGUUGAAGAAGAAGAAGAAGAGGAAGCGAAGGGACAGUGACGUCCCCGUGAAGGAGGGUUACAUGGGCAGCUUGCUGAAGCUGGAAACCGCUGAUCCAUAUGUAGGGACCCCCACGAGUCCUCCCCUGCAGGAUAUCCCCCAGGCCCCCGGCGACCCCUGCUCGGGCUGGGACUCCGACACUCCUUCCAGUGGAUCUUGUGCCACGGUGUCACCAGAUCAGGUCAAAGAAAUAAAAACUGAAGGCAAACGGACUAUCGUCCGGCAAGGAAAGCAGGUGGUGUUCCGGGAUGAGGACAGCACCGGCAACGACGAGGACAUAAUGGUGGAUUCAGAUGAUGACUCCUGGGACCUCGUCACCUGCUUCUGCAUGAAGCCAUUUGCUGGCCGCCCCAUGAUAGAGUGUAAUGAAUGCCAUACCUGGAUUCACCUGUCUUGUGCGAAAAUCCGGAAAUCCAAUGUUCCGGAAGUGUUUGUCUGCCAAAAGUGCCGGGACUCCAAAUUCGACAUCCGCCGUUCCAACCGUUCCCGAAUGGGCUCCCGGAAGCUGUUUCUGGACUGACUGCUAGUGAGCGAGGAGACCGUGGACGAGGAAUCGGAAGGGACGAUUGGGCUUAUUGGCCUCUCUUAUUAGUUGAGCACAGAACUCUCAGCUCUGGUGCAGGCAGACCCCUGCCAUUCAGGUGCCUAAGCAAAAGGACAGGCUGUCCGAGGUAUAAACUGUUCAUAGCCUGUGACUGAAUAAAAUCCUUGUUGGCCAAAGCUGCUGCCAGAGCUGUGUUCCCUGCAGUGGAGGUGGACUAAACACCCAAGUACAGUGGCUUUGGUUUAGCUGAAAAUGAGGGUACGUGGUGGUUGUGAAUUCUUGCUGUCGUUGUUAACAAACUCCCGCUGAUUGGCACAAGUGCUAGCUGUUAUUCCCGCUUCCGCCGUGUUGGGGAGUGAUGUUCCGUUUCCCCGGCCUGUUAACGAACAGCCAUAUGUGCAAGCUUUUUCUCGAGUGUAAGUCUCCUACCAUAAGUGUCUGUACAGCAGCCCAUAAGGCUGCCCCUCCUUUAGUGGUCGCCCUCUCCCCUGCCUUGUUACUGCUCUGUCCCCGGCGCUGCCCGCUGGAGUCCUCUGGCCUCACUCUUGAGAGGAGCCUGGGGGCAGGGGGUGAGCUAGUGAUCCCUAAGUUUUCUUCUGUUUGUUAAAAGGGACUAUGUGUGGCUCCUGUGUGGAAAGGGGGUUGGUUGGGGGGUCGAGGUGGCCCGUGUUCAUAACUCAGUUUCCUGUUUUGCACGAUGUAAAAAAAAACCCUGUCUUUUUUGCACGAUAUAGCCAAAAGUCUUGGCAGAUUUCUGCCUGGGUGCCCUUUCCAGUUGGCAUAUGGGGCCCUGGGGUGCCCAUGCAAGCUGUUUUCAAGCGAGGGGGCACUUUGGUUCCCUCCUCGUCCCUUCCCCUCACUUUAUUCCAGUAGCAACAUAAAGGUUAGGCAAUCCCUGGGGAAUGGCGUUCCUCUUUGUAAUGGGGAAAAGAAAGAUGGGGAGGAAGGCGUUUCCCAUGAUUCUUUGUUUCCCCUCCUGCUUUCACGGGCCAACGCUAGGACUUGAAGCCUUUUUUUGGUUUGAGUUAGUGAGUGAGAGAGAUGGUAACGGUCUCCAGGUAUAUACCAUUGAACUGUGCGGAGUUCCUUAGAUCUGGACUGGAAGACCCUGUUCGGGGCCAAGUCUGAAGAAGCCAGGGAGUUUGCACCUAAAGCCCUGGAAGGGCUUUGCUCCAGGGCAGUGCACUCAGGGACACUGGUGGUUCUGGGGCCCGGAGGUGGCAAGGACUUCAGCUUUGUCUGAAAUUGAUGUUGCUUCUUAGCAGUCCAAAUACUUGUUCUCAAAAAUGUUAUUUUUUGUAAAUCGAUGGGUGUGUUUUCAUAACCAUUGUUUCUUGUAAAGCAUGAAAAGGGAAGAAUGCCCAAGUUUGUCCUUGUUUACAGCAGGUUGGACCCCCAGUCUCCCUGAGGGGGCUUCUCCAUGUGGCCCCUUCAUGUAGGGCCCCCAGGUGGCUCCCCUCCACAUUCUCUCACCGAAGCACCAAGGGUUUGAACCGUAAUUGGCUAAUCAGAGCCCAUAUUUUGUCCUGGUGUCAUUUAUGCUUGACCAGCCAACUGCCUUUUUUUUUUUUUUUUUUUGGUUUUUAAUUGUUCCUUUUAACACAAAAAUAGAAAUAGUUUCUGAAACCCAGUUUAUUGUGAAGAUUCCCAAGAGAGACGUUCUGCUGUAGAAAGAAAUAGUAAGAAGCUGGCUUAGAAACAACUUUACCCCCAGACAGCUGUCUGGCUCUGACUUAGGGCAAACGUGCAGGAAAAGUUGUUGAGGAAUUUGCCAAAGAUCUGCCCCAGGACAUUGUCUAGUGUCUUCACGAGAAUAGCCAAAGUUCCAAGUGUUUUUCUUGGUUUUUCUUUUUCCCCCCCCACAAAGUUUUACAAGUGCAUUUAAGAAUACGUGUGGUUUUAGGGUAGAAGUGCCGAUGCUGGCGGAUUGCUAUAUUGCUCUUAGAAGGUUCAAUGCCUGGUGACUCCUGGAAGGCUUUUGAUAGUCAUCUCGAUUUCUGUUUCUUCAUUUCCUUUUUGUUCUUUUAACAGGUCUAUCCCUGUGGGUGGUGUCUAAGAAGUCAAGACACCUUGGUUUUUGUGUUGAUUGAGCUGGGCAGCUGCAAUCAGCUUUAUGCAAAUUAGGCAUGGCCCAUCUAGGGGCUCCUGGUUGGUGGCUAAUGAAGUGAGGGGAGGGAAAGAUGUCACCCCAAAAGUAGGCCCCUCCCAUUGGCUUUGGCCAGGCCAGACACUUAACAUCGUUUACAUGGUUCUGUGUAAUUAUAAAGUUUAUGUGUAUAAAGCGAAGCUGUUUCUGUGAAACUGUAUAUUUUGUAAAUAAAGAUAUUGCUACUUUGAAGUUCAA